GGAGCUCCGGUGCUUCUGUCCACUGUGUGCAGGCGCAAUUCGGCGCGGAUCGCGAACCGGCUUUUCCAUUAUCACCUCGCAGCGCAGAUGUAGCACUGAAACCCGUCCGAAAAGGCUGCUGUGUAUAUGGGAGCGGAGGGAAACCGUGCGAGAGCCGCGUCCCGCUGGGGAGGAAUUUCUCUGGCCGCCGUAUGCAUGCAUUUUCCCCGCAUCGCAUUGUAGCCUAAUCGUGCAGCAGAUCGUGAGCGAACGGAACGAUGAUGGCGAGCGACUCCCCGGCGCGCAGCCUGGACGAGAUCGACCUGUCGGCUCUGCGGGACCCUGCAGGCAUAUUCGAGCUGGUAGAGCUUGUGGGAAAUGGAACGUACGGCCAAGUGUACAAGGGCCGCCAUGUCAAGACGGGCCAGCUUGCCGCAAUCAAGGUCAUGGAUGUCACAGGGGAUGAGGAGGAGGAAAUCAAGGCGGAAAUCAACAUGCUGAAGAAGUAUUCGCACCACCGCAACAUCGCCACCUACUACGGUGCCUUCGUCAAGAAGAACCCGCCGGGCGUGGACGACCAGCUGUGGUUGGUGAUGGAGUUCUGUGGUGCGGGUUCAGUCACAGACCUAAUAAAGAACACUAAAGGGAACUCCCUCAAGGAGGAGUGGACGGCCUACAUCUGCAGAGAGAUCCUCAGGGGUCUGACUCAUUUGCACCAGCAUAAGGUCAUCCAUCGAGACAUCAAGGGUCAGAAUGUCUUGCUGACGGAGAACGCGGAGGUCAAACUGGUCGACUUCGGAGUGAGCGCCCAGUUGGAUCGCACCGUCGGGAGGAGGAACACUUUCAUCGGGACGCCGUAUUGGAUGGCUCCGGAGGUCAUCGCCUGCGAUGAGAAUCCCGACGCCACGUACGACUUCAAGAGUGACCUGUGGUCUUUGGGAAUUACAGCUAUCGAGAUGGCAGAGGGGGCACCACCUUUAUGUGAUAUGCACCCGAUGCGAGCUCUGUUUCUUAUUCCAAGAAACCCCGCACCUCGGCUCAAAUCGAAAAAGUGGACGAAGAAAUUCCAGUCGUUCAUCGACAGCUGCCUGGUGAAGAACCACACGCAGAGACCCAGCACGGAGCAGCUGCUCAAGCAUCCCUUCAUCCGAGACCUGCCCAACGAGCGACAGGUCCGCAUCCAGCUCAAAGAUCACAUCGACCGUACCAAAAAGAAGAGAGGGGAGAGGGAUGAAACAGAAUACGAAUACAGUGGGAGUGAAGAGGAGGAGGAGGAACGGGAUAUGGGCGAGCCCAGCUCGAUCAUCAACAUCCCGGGUGAAUCCACUCUGAGACGGGACUUCUUACGGCUUCAGCUGGCCAAUAAGGAGCGCUCGGAGGCGCUGCGGCGGCAACAGCUGGAACAGCAGCAGAACGACGAACACAAGCGCCAACUCCUGGCCGAGAGGCAAAAGCGCAUCGAGGAGCAGAAGGAGCAGCGGAGGAGGCUGGAGGAGCAACAGCGUCGCGAGAGAGAGAUGCGCAAGCAACAGGAGAGAGAGCAGAGGAGGCGCUAUGAGGAGAUGGAACAGAUACGCCGAGAGGAGGAGAGGAGACACGCCGAGAGAGAGCAGGAGUAUAUCCGUCGACAGCUGGAGGAGGAACAGAGGCAGCUGGAGAUCUUACAGCAGCAGCUUCUGCAGGAGCAAGCGCUUCUUCUGGAGUAUAAGCGUAAGCAGCUGGAGGAGCAGAGGCAGGCGGAGAGGUUGCAGAGGCAGCUUCAGCAGGAGAGAGCCUACCUGGUUUCACUCCAACAACAGCAACAGCAGGAGCCCCGACCUGCCGAAAAGAAGCAGCUGUACCACUACAAGGACUCGGUCAACCCCAGCGACAAACCCGCCUGGGCUAAAGAGGUGAUGAAAAUAACCCAAGGUAACUCCCCCAACCUUCCAAGAAAGAGCCAGCCCCUUGAAGAGGUGCGGUUUUCGCAUGUCAUAUUUCCCGACCACGCCCCAAGCCACAUACCUGCUCGCCCCCCUUCCUACCCAGCCGCCGCACCCUCCCACGGCCAGAGGGAAAGGCCUGAAGUUCAGAUAAAGCAACUGGUCCCCAGUGCCAACCUCCCCAGAAUCCGGGUGAGCUGCCAGCCUGAUUUGGCCCUGCAAGGCCAGGAAAUCCGUGGCCGAACCCCCGGCCGAUCGGGAACUCCGGAGAAAGAGGUGGAGGAACGUUCCAAACUGAACCGACAGAGCUCUCCGGCGCUGCAGCACAAGGUUGCGAAUCGUAUCUCUGAUCCAUCGCUGCCCCCUCGCUCCGAGUCCUUCAGCAGCGGCGGCAUCCAGCAGGCCAGGACCCCGCCCAUGCACCGCACCGUCGAGCCUCAGAUGGCCCACCUGGUCUCGGUGAAGUCCCACGGCUCCUCCAUGACGGGCUCUCAGUCUCUGCAUGAUCAGUCUUCCCAGGGCGUCUCCGCUUUCCAAGAGAGCCUUUCGCCCCAUCGCCCCCCGAUGCCCCGUCAGAACUCGGACCCGACCUCGGAGACGCCCAUGCCUCCUCCACGCGUCACCAGCCGCGACGACAAGUUCGACCGCGGCUCCUGGCUGAGGCAGGAGGAGGAGGUUCCUCCCAAGGUUCCCCAAAGGACCACUUCUAUAUCUCCCGCCCUGGUAAGAAAGAACUCUCCUGGCAACGGACCCGGAGGACUUGGUCCGAGGCCCGGUUCGCACCUCAUCCGAGCCAGCAACCCGGACCUGCGGGUCUCCGUAGAGCCUGGCCUUCCGAGGACGAGCAGCGGCAGUUCAUCCAGCUCCAGCACCCCGAGCUCUCAGGGUGGAUCCAGCGAGAGGAACCGAGUGGGAGGAUCUGGAAAACCCGAGAGCUCCCCGGCCGUUUCCCUGGAGGCCAAGCCGAAAAGCCAGGAGGAGGGCAGGGAGGUGACCAGACCCAGUCGACCAGCUGAUCUGACCGCUCUGGCUAAAGAGCUCCGGGAGCUGCGCUCGAGCGAGGAGACCAACCGGCCGCCCGUCAAAGUGACCGACUACUCGUCGUCCAGCGAGGAUUCCGAGAGCAGCGAGGAGGAGGAGGGAGAGGGCGGAGCUCACGACGGAACCGUGCCAGUCAGCGAUAUCCCUCGGAUCAUGCCAUCGGCCGGGCAAGGUGCUAAUGAAGCUUUCAGUGGAGUGGGUGGACAGGCGGACUCUCAUGACGAGUCUUACAUCAACAACUCGAAAGACGGCACCCUGAUGAUGAGAGAGAUGCUCGGGGAAAGAAAGCGCUCGGGUCGCGCCGAGAGCAACGGUUUCCCUGGUAACUCCAACCUUCCUGAUCUAGUGCAGCAAAGCCACUCCCCCUCGGCCACGCCCGGCAAGGGCCCGGGGCGCCACUCCAGUCUGCUCGGGCAGGACCUGGACCCUGUGGCCGAAUAUGGGAGCGGCACCAAAGCGUCCUUCACCCCCUUCGUGGACCCUCGUGUCUACCAGACCUCGCCGACUGAAGAAAAUGAGAACUGCGCCCCAGGUCUGUCCGCCGAGGAGCUUCUGAGGCACGAGCAGGAACAGGAACAAGCUCGGCUCAACGAGGCGCGCAAGAUCUCCGUGGUCAACGUCAACCCCACUAACAUCCGGCCUCACAGCGACACGCCCGAGAUACGCAAGUACAAGAAGCGCUUCAACUCCGAGAUCCUGUGCGCCGCGCUGUGGGGGGUAAACCUGUUGGUCGGGACUGAAAACGGACUGAUGUUGCUGGACCGGAGCGGUCAGGGUAAAGUGUACAACCUCAUCAACCGCCGACGCUUUCAACAGAUGGACGUCCUGGAGGGCCUCAACGUGCUGGUCACCAUCUCUGGCAAAAAGAACAAGCUGAGGGUUUACUACCUGUCAUGGCUGAGGAACCGAAUACUCCACAAUGACCCGGAGGUGGAGAAGAAGCAGGGCUGGAUUACCGUAGGAGAUCUAGAAGGCUGUGUUCAUUAUAAAGUCGUGAAAUAUGAGAGGAUCAAGUUCCUGGUGAUCGCCUUGAAGAAUGCUGUCGAGAUUUACGCCUGGGCUCCGAAACCGUACCACAAAUUCAUGGCGUUCAAGUCGUUCACGGACCUGCAGCAUAAACCGCAGCUCGUGGACCUGACCGUGGAGGAGGGCCAGAGGUUGAAGGUCAUCUACGGCUCCAGCGUGGGCUUUCACGUGAUCGACGUGGACUCCGGGAACCCCUACGACAUCUACAUCCCGUCCCACAUUCAGGGCACUGUCACUCCCCAUGCCAUUGUGGUGCUCCCCAAGACCGACGGGAUGGAGAUGCUUCUGUGUUACGAAGAUGAGGGAGUCUAUGUGAACACAUACGGCAGAAUCACUAAAGACGUGGUGCUACAAUGGGGAGAGAUGCCCACCUCUGUUGCCUACAUCCACUCCAACCAGAUCAUGGGAUGGGGAGAGAAAGCCAUCGAGAUCCGUUCCGUGGAAACAGGACACCUCGAUGGAGUUUUCAUGCACAAGCGAGCUCAGCGACUGAAGUUCCUGUCUGAGCGGAAUGACAAGGUUUUCUUUGCCUCGGUGCGAUCAGGAGGCAGCAGCCAAGUUUUCUUCAUGACCUUGAACAGAAACUCCAUGAUGAACUGGUAACCCCUCCACACCCUCCCCUCCAUUUCGUCUGUGGCCGUGUUCUGUUUUCAAAAGGUAACCGGGGGUGGGAGGGAAGCGGACAGAGACCCACACGCAAGGGUGUGGAACGGCUGGGCAGUCACAAUAAACAGCUCGGGAGAGCCGGAGACACCUCAACGACGAGUCACGGCUUCACACUCGGUUAGCGAACGCACCCAAGACCGCCGAGAGAAGAACAACCUCACAGCCAGAAUUCCUUAUGAAUCUUUCACGCGGGGUGCUCAUGACAAAUUUUUUAUGACAAAUACUUAUCGGGAUUGCUUCGGAGAAGGAUGUACGUAGAGAGGGACCGACCGACGGUGGGUUCCCCUGUCUGGAAAGACUACUGAGGAUUAAAAAAAAAAAACACAUUGUACUUGUUUAGACACUUUUAACACGACACAGUCAUUUACUGCUGUUAGUCUUUACAUUUAAAAUCCUCUGAAACACGACGAUUCUCUGUGAAGUUGGUGUGCGCGUGUGUGCGCGUGUGCUCGGCCUCGUAUGCUUUAGAUUCCAAACUCUCACAGAACACAUUUCACCACCACUCUGUUUUGCAAUUUGCAUUCUGUCUCACGAUACUUGUGCAAGAGUAAAUGUACCGUGUGCGUAUGUGUGUCCUGUAUGUAGGUCUGUUUGAACGGAUGAGCGUUUCGUUUCGUUUCGUACGUCGGCUUCCCAUCCACAAGACGAACAAAAGAAAAUAAUAGUAUAAAAGACAAAUCCAGUGGAUGUUUUGUACGACACGUCAGAAUUGCAAUCGAUCUGUUUGUUUGUUUUUUUUUAUGUGGGAAAUAAAGCUGCGUUCACAUGCA